UCCGUCUUCCCCCCUGCGCGUUUAUGCUCGCCGAUAAUAAACAAUGCCAUCGAAACUCGGGGCUCUCCGCUCGGAGGCUCAGUUGGACUCGAUAGUUCGCGCGGAGUAGACGGACGCGACCGACCGAGUUUUCUUCGCGACUCCGUGCGCGCGAAAUAUUCUGAAAGUUGGGUGCUAGCCUGCGCGACGCGUUCGCACCUCGAACGCUCGAACGCUCGAACGCUCGAACGCUGUACGCUCGAGGCGGACUUUGCACGCGCCUGCGACCGUUUCUUCGCGGAACUCUUCUCUUCGGUUUGGUCUUGGGCUUUCGAAGAGCGCGGUAAACGAGGCUUCUGGUCACGUGACGGGACGCGUCUUAUCGAGCGACGCGCGACGCGGCCGGGAUUGGCCGAGCCGGGACACGUGACCCCUCCUAACGUCAACUCGGAUCACCGUCUGCUGGUUCUCGCUCGGAUUUCUCAGCGAACCUUCCAGGAACAAAGGAUACGCUUUCGUUUCGGUCCGGAUCACGAAUUUCUUCCCUCCGAAGGUGUUCCGGUUUCUCGUACGAGCGUCGAUUCGCGCGCGUACGCUGCGAAAUACGGUGCAGCGAGAAGAUACGCCGCGAGAAAUCAAUCGUCGCUGUUUUCUCGAGAUAUUUCGCCGGCAAUCCGUUGACAGUUCGCGACCGUUUCGAGUCGAUGACGCGCAUCUUUAUCGUGGAACCUUUCAAUUUCGGGAACAAAGUUCGUCGUAGUCGCGCCAGUCUCAUUGUUCUCGACGAUCGGUCGUCCCGUUGCGCGACCGCGAGUGAACGUCGUCGUCGAAAUUCGACGUCCCGACGUGGUUAAGUGGAUCCUCGAGCCCGACGCACGGUGAGUCGUGCGUCUCGCGUACGAAUCUUGCCGUAUCUUUCGCAAGGGCACGUCCGUUCGGUUCCGCGGCAAGUUUGAACCUGUUCGAACGCGCUUUCGACGCCGAGACGUCGAGACGCACUGAGAUUUUCCGUCAGGAUCACCUUACCCGAACGAGUUCCGUCAGGAGUUGAUACAAACAUGUACAGCAUGAAUUACAUCGGCAAGUUUAUCAGUAAUUUUCGAGAUUUUUACAAUGAGAUCAACGCGGCGACGCUUACCGGCGCCAUCGAUGUCGUCGUCGUUGAACAGCCGGACGGAUCGUUCACCUGCUCGCCUUUUCACGUACGUUUCGGAAAGCUCGGCGUGCUGCGUUCCAGGGAAAAAGUGGUGGACAUCGAGAUAAACGGUGAUCCGAGACAGAUUCACAUGAAACUGGGAGACUCCGGGGAAGCUUUCUUCGUGGAAGAAGUCGGAUCGGAUGGCUCUCCGACCGACACGGAAAUCCCACCUCAUCUGGCAUGCUCCCCUAUUCCAGACGACGCGUGUUUCCCACCAUCCAGAUUCAAUGUUCUCUCCGAUUUCCCUCGAGACCAAAGGGACAAGAUCCUCGUCGAAUCGGUUAUGUCCAUAGAGAAAGAAAAGUGGGAGCAGAUGUCAGCCUUGCCUCCGGAUCAGAGAGAAAGGUUUCUGAUCGAACAGUUCUCUGAUCUUCCUGCGGAACGCAGAGAGAAAUGGCUUCAAAUCGCUUCUUUGACUACAGAGGAGAGGGACAAAAUGUUCAAAGAAAACUUUGCCAACAUGUCCACAUUGCAGAAACAGAAUAUGAUUCGCGAACAAUACUCGGCUUUGAAAAACGAAGACAAGGAAAGAUUGUUCAAAGAAAACUUUCCUGAAUUGUCUGCCGAACAGAGACACAAGUUCGAGAUAGCUGUGCUGGACGACUGGAAAGAGAAAGAGGAGGAGAAGCCGGAUCUUCUGAAGAACGAGGAAGAAAUCUUCGAUAUGGAGGGCAUAAACGAGGAUGAGACUCAUCCGACCACCGCGUCGACACCUAAAUCGUUCGUAGCUGUAACUUCGUCCGACAGAAUUCGUAAAAUCAGCGUGGUCAAGAACGACUUUAGACCGAUCACGGACGACGUGCAAAGCAGUUCGAAGGAAAAGUCCAGCGACGAGUCGAACCUCUCGUUGAGCAAGAAAAACUCCAAAGACGAGAAUAUCGAGGAAACUAAGAACAACAAUUCGACCAAGAGGAAGCGAAAAAGGAAGAGUAUCAUGCGAAAGAAGGGAUCCCACAGGAAGACUAGCAACGGCAGUAGCAGUCAAACCGAAAUGAGCGAAAACGACGUGUCCGUUCCCGAUGAAUCGCUCGGUGAAUCUAUGUUGAAGGGACCGAGUCCGGUUGCGGAGUUGGAAAAGAAGAACGCGUCCGCCGAGCCUGCUCCUUCGAUGCAGGAACCAUCGGAAACGCGACCCGAAACGGAUUUCCAUUUUUUCAGUGACACCGAAGUUACCAAGAAUCAAGAUUCUAGACCCUGCUCGCCGGUUCAGUCGGACACGGAGUUCGAAAUGCGAAAAAUCACGCAAGACAGCACGGAAGCAGAAGACAAAAGUCUUCAGCAGAGCUGGAGAUGGGGUGAAUUGCCGAGUUUACCACCGGAAACGACACACUCGUCUCACAGAAAUUCAUUGAAUUCAUCGAUCGCCGCCAAUCAGCAGAACAAUACCGAGGCGCAUCGAUCCAUGCUCAGCGGAAUGUUCUCGUUCAUGAAGAAGACGUCUCGCGUAAGACACAAUCCAGAAUCCGAGGGGAUCUAUCUGAGCGACAUUAACGCCGACGAACUGGAUCCGGAAGUUGCAGCACUCUACUUCCCUUCUUCUCACAGAGGUCCGACAACCGUCAAAGACGGGAAAGUUGUGGACGAAGAAGAUACCGAGUCAGGCAAUGGACCGAGUUUACCUCAAAGUCCAAACAGCGUCAUGGGAGCUAUCGGAGGGCCAAAGUCGUUGGAUAGCGACUUCGAGGAACCAAAACAUACUAUAUUUGACAACAACAUGGAUAUUAGUUUGUCUCUGUGCGGUGGUUUGGAUUCCGAGAACGGUCCAUCCAAAGAAGCUUUCCAUCAGAAUUUGCUUCAAUUCGAGGAUAUCUGUUCGGAUCCGAAAUUAUACGAAAAUCCGAAUCUAGUUGUAAAGAUUAAUGGAAAGUUUUAUAAUUGGACCACCGCUUGUCCGAUCGUGAUCACUUACGCUGCUUUCCAAAGACACUUACCCCAAGCUACGAUAGAAAAUCUGUACGCUCAAUGUAUGCCCUUGCCUAUGCACGAAGAAAAGAAGCAGGAGAGCAACGGCAAGCCGGAAAGUCGCAGCGGUUACAGUUCGUGGUUCUCGUGGAGACGGUCCGCGCAACCUUCCAAGAAAUCUCAGGAACUUAGUCAAGUUGACGGAGGAAUGACCAAUCCGCAAUCCUCGGACCACUUGGUCGAGUCCAAGGAGAGUACUCCGAUCGACGAGACGUCCGGCGUAGAUGCGAAGACCGAUCAACGCAUGGAUCCCACGCCGGCGGUCGAGAUAGGAGAGGAAUGCGCGAAACCGAUGGACAAUUUCGUCGAGACGGAGAAAAAUCGGGAAAGGGAGGUCGAAGGUUACAGCGGCAGCGAGGAUUCCGAUAGCAAUCAAAACAAAUCGCAAGGAGUCAAGAUACCGAAGGAGCGAAGACCGUACUACGAAUCCACCGAGAAAUACCGUAAAACCUUGAGAUUGUCAUCCGCACAAAUAGCGAGUCUGAAUUUAAAAGAAGGACCCAACGAAGUUGUCUUUAGCGUUACCACAGCUUAUCAAGGUACAACUCGUUGCAAAUGUCACAUUUAUAAGUGGAGGUGGGACGAUAAGAUCGUCAUCUCCGAUAUCGACGGAACCAUUACGAAAUCGGACGUGUUGGGUCAUAUUUUGCCAAUCGUCGGCAAAGAUUGGGCCCAAUCCGGAGUGGCUCAGUUGUUCACGAAGAUUAAAAACAACGGCUAUAAGUUGCUCUACCUCUCGGCGAGAGCGAUCGGGCAAGCCAGGGUUACCAGAGAAUACCUGAAGAGCAUCAAGCAAGGUGACCUGUCGUUGCCCGAGGGUCCGUUACUUCUCAAUCCCACGAGCUUAAUUUCGGCGUUCCAUCGCGAAGUGAUAGAGAAGAAACCCGAGGAAUUCAAGAUAUCCUGUCUGAGCGACAUUCAAGCGUUAUUCCCAGAGGGCUCGAAGCCGUUCUAUGCCGGUUACGGAAACCGAAUCAAUGAUGUUUGGGCGUACAGAGCCGUAGGAAUUCCUACGAUGCGAAUAUUCACUAUAAAUCACAGAGGUGAACUGAAGCACGAAUUGACACAGACAUUCCAGUCCUCAUAUUCGAACAUGAGCUACAUAGUCGAUCAUCUAUUCCCGGCAUGGAGAGUAGAUGCUGCCGACGAGUUCAGUAAUUUCGUGUACUGGCGGGACCCGAUACCGGAACUGCCGUCAUUGGAGGAACGUUAUGCUCAAAUUCGAACUGUCUACUAAGGAUAUAUAGGACGUGUAGGUGUUUUACACUCGCGCAAAACGAUAAUUUGUUCGUAAUAAGGAAACGAUCGUCGGUAUUUAGCUACGUUUUAUACUCGUCCGUAUAACAUGUAUCGUCGGCUAUAGCGUCGUUGUCUGGUGAGACAUUCGACAUUUUUCUUGAUGUGUUUGCAAUGCGAUUGUAGGCUUGGCAUUCGACGUGUGUGUUCGGUACGCGAUCGUGACAAUUCUUGCUAUCGAUUCAACCGAUUUACGAGUAACGAGUAACAUUUCGUCUCGAGUAUGUGUAAUCGUCUGAAAUCGAUUCGAUUUAAUUACAUUCCAAUUCUGUUAGAAUAGGAGAAGAAUACUCGUCGAUCGUAACUCGAUUUCAAAGUACGGAUUUUCGUGUGGAACGCGUUUGAAAAUGAUCGAAUCGAAUCGCUUGUAUGCCACCGAAAUAUUGAGAAUGGCGUUAAAGCUUGCGCGUAAACUGGUUCGUUAAUGCGAUUUGAAAAAGGAUUACUAUACACGCGCUUUUAUCGUUCCUUCUUCUCUAGAAGCUCCGUUCCGUUUCAAUCGAAAUCGCGGCUGAUGGAAGCUAGUAAGAAUCUUUUAAUCAUAAUUAGUCUACGACACGAGAGUCUGGUGUAUUGUAAUAUAGUUUAUACAUCUAUUUUAGUUGACCUUUAUCGACCACUUUGUUUAAGAAAUGUUUAUUUAUUUUUAUACGAGAUCUCUGUUGAUUUAGAGUGCUGUGAGAUUGCCAUAUUCUAGACUAUACCUCGUUUUCGUAUUGUGAUAUUUCACUGAAAAUAGUGCUUGUCGAACGAACAGUCGGGGCAAACGCGGGAACCGUGUAAAACGAUAUUAAACGAGUUGGCCUUUUCUGCGAAAGAAUCACUAGAACUCGACAUAAUGGACAAAGGGCGUGAGUGAGAGUGAGAGAGAGAGAGAGAGAGCAACGCCAUUUACACACUUUACUUUAAUCCUUUAGCUCGUAUCGUUGAAGCAAACAAAAGUACAAUUCUGUUUAACCAAAGAAGAGGCAUCGAGUUGCUGAUGGAAGUAUUCUCAGUUUACUCAAAGGGAAAAGCUGUUGUAACGUAAAGGGACACAGUAGUGAUCGGGUUAUCGAACGAGACACGAUACGCAUCGCGUUUUAUCGUUUCUUUCGAGACGGCUGAUACUGUCGCGAGAAUGGUAUUUCUCUUGAUUAUUCGUGUACGUUAGUUAUCGCUGUAAACAGUGUAUAUAUAUAUAAUUGAACGGUCGUUGUACAUUAUUUUACGAAUAUCGAAUAUUUCAUUUUUAGUAUUAUUUUAUCUAUCCUGUUAAUCGUGUUAUGCAUAGUACAAAUAUAUUUAACUUUAUUUAUAGUUUCGUUUACAUACCGAUUUUUUAUUGGAUAUUUUGUAUGCUCUUCCGCAGGCGACAGUUUGAAAUUGUCUACGAAAUCGUUCCUGUGACACCUUUCUUAUGUCGUACCGUCGAGUAUUAAUAUUCUUGAAGAACAAACGAGUAGCCAAAACAUAGAAUUUCGAAUGCUUCUUUCGCAAUCGACGCGCAGAUGUUACUUAUCUAAAUGCAAGUAUUCGUAAGACGUAUUUAGCUUGACGCUAGAACAGAUUUCGACGUAACGAGAAGAAAUUGUACUCCACGUGAUCUCCAGUCGUUUAAUUCACCGAUUCGAUUCGUUGUUUCGUUUUCGCGUUGAAUAGCGGAUAGCGUGCGUACCUACAGCUAUCGGUGACCGCCGCGUGCAAGCGAUAGCCACUCUGUUUAGCUAGUAAUUUCUAUACUUCUCUAGAACUGGUUUAACAUUAUCUGUUGCGAUAUUCACGAUUAAACCUUUUAUCUGUAGUAAUCGUAUACCUUGUACCCAUCGAUACAAUAAAUGACAAAUUAAUCGACCAA